AUGGCGACCAGUUUGCAAGAAGAUGGGAUGGCAGCUGACAAGGAGGCAAAGACGCCGUCGACUGCUAUUACACGCCCGAGCUCUACUGGCGGCGGCGUCGAUAGCCCCGCGCCAUGGAAAAUUUCAGAAUUCCCUCCUGCGACGAUGCCAUCACGCUUGAGAGUUCUGCAACAGCCCAAGCUCAUGCCGUCGAGCUGA